AAGCUCCGUCGAGCGACGCGAUUGCGCUGAGAGAUGAUCUAUUUGCAAGUUGCGGCCAUGAGAGCGGCGCCGAUAGUCGCGUAGACGCAUUGGAUAUCAAGAAUUCGGGAGUCAUUUUACGGUGAAGUGGAACACGAAGUGAUCCGGCUAAUUGAAAGCGAAUGACGCGAUGGCGAUCACCGAGCUAGCCACGGAGCAAGCAUUCGAUGACUUCGUCAAGUCCAAGGAACUUUCUGUCCUACACUUUUAUGCGCCCUGGGCAGAGCAAUGUUCCCAAGUAAAUGACGUACUCGAGGAGAUGAGCAAGCUGGAGCAGUACAAGGAAGUAAAAUUUGCUAAGAUUGAAGCAGAAAACGUACCCGAAGUGUCUCUAAAGUCUGGAAUAGCUGCUGUACCCACGGUUCUUUUGUUGAGAAACAGCAAUGUGAUAAGCAGAGUAGAUGGUGUCAACAUAUCUGCAUUGACCGAAAAGAUCAAGCAUCAUCUGAACGAGGAUGCUCCACUGCUCAACACAACGAAAGCGAAGGAAUCUCUUGACGAUAGACUGAAGAAACUGGUGAAUCAAGCAUCAUGUAUGCUGUUCAUGAAGGGAAAUCCUGCAAAUCCACGGUGUGGUUUCUCCAGAACAAUUGUUUCCAUUCUGGACAGUUACAAGACAGAUUACAAAUCGUUUGACAUAUUACAGGACAAUGAUGUUAGAGAAGGACUUAAAAAGUUUAGCAAUUGGCCGACGUAUCCACAAUUGUAUUUGAACGGAGAUCUAAUUGGCGGAUUGGACAUAGUAAAAGAGAUGAAUGAGUUAGGUGAACUAGAAACUAUAUUACCAAAGAAAGAGAGUCUCGAUGCUAAGUAGGCCUCUACAAUUAAAUGGAAUUUAAUUUUGCAUUAAGUUUCGUGUACAAAUAA